CAUGAGUUUGUUUAGAUGGAUCCACUGGUGGAGCUGUCAGAGUUUAAGAGAUUGUGGAACUGCAGUUUGUCAGAGAUCAGCUGUGCUUCUCUGGCCUCAGCUCUGAAGUCCAACCCCUCCCAUCUGAGAUACCUGGAACUGAGUGACAACAACCUGAAGGAAUCAGACGUGAAGCUGCUGUCUGAUCUUGUGGAGAGUCCACACUGUAGACUGGAGACUCUGAGAUGGAAGGGGGUGUGGAGGUCAAUGUCAGAGAUCAGCUGUGUCCUGAUGAUCCACAGAGGUUCACCACCUGGACCUGCAUCUGAUUUUGUCUUUUUUAUUCAUUCAUUCAUAUAUUCUGAACUCAAAGUGCCUCUGCAGAGUAGCUCAGUUUAUGACAACAGAACUGUAGAUGAACACAUUUAACUAGAUCUCUCUGCUCUGCGUUGUGUUGCAGCUCCACUCUGUGGAACGACGGAGCUUUGCUGUUUAUUUCCACAUAUUUCUAAAUAACAGUGGAAGUUGAUAAAGUUACCUUUCUAAACCCAAUACCAGCCGUUUCUCAUAUUAUAGAAGAUAAAUAUUUGCUUGUAACAAACAGAAAGAAUCUGAUAAAACCUGAGUUCAGUCGAGGCUUCAGUGAAGUUUCUCAACUGACUACAAACAGAUUACGUCUGGAUUUUGGUGGAAAGUCAACACCUUCAUAUUUUAUUUAGUUUAUGAUUGUGAGGGAGCUGCAACCCCCCCCCCCCCACUAAGAUGGAAGAAGACACACAUGUGAACUGACUGUGUUGAGUUCAAGAAAGCGGACUAAUACAGGAAGUUCAGGUAACUAUGUUGAGCUUUUAUUUUGGAGAACUCUCUCAUUGAGGCCUACUUCCAGGGGGCGUGUUUUCAGGGAGCACACCUGAACCUUCAGCCACAGGUCUCCAGCUGGUUUCAGGUAGCUUGUUGGGCUGAACCAAGUGCCAGAGAAGAGAGGGGGGUGUUUAAGUUGGCUUUCUCUUGAUCCUUCUUCGAUUUAUCCUGCAUAUUAUUCCUCCAAACUGCACAACUGGAUUUGAACACAGCGAGAACAGCAUCUUUUGACCCUGAAACCACACCUCUCCCAGCCUGGCUUCUUCCAACUUCAACAGGUGGAAUCACCCGUUAACAAAGAAACACCUUUUUCUUCCAUGGACUGGUAAAGUAACUGGGCCACCUUAACACAGCAUCAGCACAGCUAGUGCACACGGCUACUGUAAGCAAGCCUGUUCACCUUGAACCUCUGUCAAUGUCCAUGUCUUGAUUUGAUUUCAUGUUAUUCACUGAGUUUUACUGUUGUGCUAUUAUCUGUAGUCAGGAUAUUUGGGUAGCUGGCUUUGUCACAUCUGAUGUGUUUAGUUAUUCUCC